CAACAUCAUCCAUCUCCAUCGUCCAUUCGAGGCUUUUGGCUGGCCGCCCCCUCGUUUCCUCAUCCCGCCAGCCCACCAGCCAGUUCCGCCAAGUUCUGGCCCAUCUCUGGCACGCGGCUCUGCUCCUGUUUGUUCAUCUUCUCUCGGAUCUUGUUGUUGUUGUUGUCUCGUUCCGUGUCUCGUCCCGCCUCUCGUCCCGCCUCUCGCUCGUCCCGUCUCUUGUACCGCCUCUCGUCCCGUCUCUCGUCCCGCCCCCUCGCUCUUCGCUCGCGUUCCAUUCUCCCUUAUCUACUCCGUCUUCUCUCGUAUCCCUCGAAUCUUUCAUCGCCCAAUCUCUCACCUUUCAAUCUCUCUCCACCCAGACCAUAUCUUCAGCAUACUCGCCCUUCUUCCCUUCUUCUCAGAUUCCCCCCUUUCCCGUCCAUGCACCGCAACUGCACCAAUCAUGGAAACUCCUGAUCUGCAAGAGCAGCAAGACUACCACAGCUGCUUUGACCCAGUCCUCGAAGAAAUUCUUGUCAACCAAUUGAGGUCCAAAGGCUAUUUCAUCAGGCACGGGAGCAGGUCCUAUGUCGUUGACCUCAACCAAGUCUCCAGCAAGCUCUUUGACUGGGCCACUGAAGUUGCUGCAUAUGAACAAGAACGCCGAGAAAAAAUAGAACGAGAUGAACCUGUCCCCCCCUCCAAUUACUCGACUCCCUUACUCGUAUCCCGGUCUGAAUCCUUUUCACCCCUGAGUCCCGAAGCCCAGCAUCAGGAGUACAUGCGAUUCGAGAGGCAGCGCCACGACAAGCUCGUCAAGGAUGGCGGACGGCCCUGGUAUCCCAUCGACCUCAUCGAUCCCAUCUCCAGGAACCCGAGAGACUAUCACGGCCUGUUGCGAUACUGGCAGGGCGAGUUCCCCGACACAAACCAGGACUCGUGGAUGAUUUUUGGAUACCAAUUGCAUGAUUGGAAGAACUUUCGCGGCUGGCAGGCCCAGAUGAGACAGCAUAACAAGUGUUCCUUUCCCCGAUACCUGAAACAGACCAAGGCUCGCGUUGCAGCGCACUCGAACCAACCAGACCUGGUUCAUCUGGUCAACUUGCACAAGAACCCCAAGAAACAAGACCAGUUGUCAACCUGGCUCGAAUACUACAGCUUCCAGAUCAGGGAGUACGCCGACUUUUCCUGGUACAAGUCCUGGGAGCCCAGAUACGAGGAUGCCUGGCGGAACCUCGUGAAUUCCCGUCACCUCAGACGGCUAGACUCGCGCAACUACGUUGAAAGCCACCAGUGUGCCGAGGACCGUGAGGAGGAAUUGUUGCAAAGGCGACAAAUCGUGGAAAACGCAAGAUCAAAGCUUCUGGUAGCGGAGCGAGACCUCAAAGAUCCAGCCAAGCAAGGGCCUGUCACGGAUAUGCGAAUGUUGCAGGCACGGGGAGAGUUUGACGGUGGAAUUGCGGAUUAUUAUACCUCCAGAUUCCGCAAUGACAGUAUUGAUGAAUACGUUACAGCCACUGUCCACUACCGGCUCGCCAGGCGACGGGGUCUUCGUCACGAGAUCCUCUUGGGCUGGAUCCAACACCAGAUCCCUUUCGUCCAAGUGGAGAUGGCGGCAAACAUGAACCCGAGAAUGACCAACCACGUCUACCCAGUAGUGGUUGACCCAGCUCUCGUUACCGUGGAGCCAAGCUCGCCUGCGCCUGCGCAACGGCCCCGACCAACUGAGCGCGCCGAGGACCAACAACCAAAGCGACGUCCUCCAGUGAAAGCUGGGCGCAUCACCAAAAAGACUGCGUCCACCUCGCCACGGGCCCGACGGCCUCAACGCAACCCAAGACGCGGCCCCUGAUCAGCAGCUCGUGUCGAUACAACGGAUGCUAGCCCCGCUUCAUAAACGCUGACUUGUCUCGAGACGGACAUGAGCAAUGUGGGCAAGUGAGAAUAGUACUGGAAAAUGAAGGAAAUGAACUGGGGGCAUGGGAUUGGGAUCAGGAUUUCGGUAAUGGUGUGCACUUUUCUCUUGUAGUUUUCUCUUCUGUCGCAGGCAUUCGCGCGACCUAGCGGGCCCCCUUCGUGGUGAGCCAAGCAUCUACGCAAGUCUUGCCUUGAGGCUUAGACAUAAUGAAUUUACUCGAUCGCGUAUUCCCGUA